UCGUUCGUCCCAUGUAUCAUCUACUCAAGGGUCUUCACGAAUAUCUGACCAGGAAGGAAGAAUUCUCAGUGAUCAUCCUGGGUCUUGAUGGAGCCGGGAAGACGACACUUCUCGAGAGGAUUAAAACUCUUUACAAUGAUACUCCAGGUCUCACGCCGGACAAGAUAGGACCUACCGUUGGGCAGAACAUGGGCAAGAUUACGCUCCCAUCCACUAUUCUCAAGUUCUGGGAUUUGGGAGGUCAGCGCGGCAUUCGAUCUAUCUGGCAUCGCUACUAUGAUGACUGCCAUGCUGUGGUCUAUGUUAUCGACGCCUCGGACCGUGAACGCCUGAGCGAAGGUUGGGAGGUCUUCGAAAACAUGUUGUCUGCACCACAGAUUCUUGGUGUACCGCUGCUCCUCCUUGCGAACAAGCAAGAUAGCGCCGAAGCGCUGUCCGUAGAGGAGAUUCGGAAUGACUAUGAAGACUGGUACAGGCACAAGCUCGAAAAUGCACGGAGGAUCUAUGUUUCUGAAGAUGAGAGCGGACUCCGUCGAGAGCGCAUUGCCAGUCUGGAUGUCAUGGGCAUCUCUGCUCUUGAAGGAGGACAAGCUCGGGAAAAUGUGGACUGAAUUUUAUGAAACAUAUGGCAGCCCGUUCAAACCGCUAGGCAUGAGCUAUUAGAUAUUCGAUGCACUGGAAGUAUCAUGUACUAUAGUCGAGCGAGGUCCCAGACUUUGCGUGAGGCUUUGGUGGGUGGAGUUAUCGGCAUCUGCGGCCACAGGGCAAUGUCAAGCUGGCGGACUGUCCAAAAAGGUCCGAGCCGCUCAGCGGGCGGGAUGUCAUCCGUAUUAAGCGUGGGGUGGCCGCGGCAGUCCCAGCUACGCUUCACUCUCCCGCACCCUGGUCUUCCCUGGUCAAAGCCAACACCUG